CUGCGGCAUAUUCAUUACUUAAGAAGCGUUGCCGGUUUUACAGUACCUGGAGCUGAUCUCCAGGCUAGAAAUUUAAUGGGUGAGGCGGCACUGCACAUUGAUUCUCGCUCUCAUUCCCUGGAAACUUUUAAGUUUCUGCAGCAGUCAAGUAUUCCAACUGACUCUCAGGACCUCCAAGGAAAAACUGUUCUUCAUCGUGCUGCUGAACGUGGGGAUGCUGAAAUGGUGAAAUAUCUACUAGAUCAGAAAUGUCUCCCUGUUGACUGCAGAGACAAGUAUGGUCAAACUCCAUUAAUGUUAACAGCAGAAUUUCCAAGAAGUGAGCAAGAUCCUGUAAAACAUUGGGAAUGGAUUGACCAUACAGAUUAUGUCAGUAAGGCUCUCAAGCUUAUUGUAGGUGCUGGGGCAGACCCUACAGCAAAAGAUGUUGUUGGUAGAACAGCACUCCACAGAGCGCUUGGAUGUAAGCAGAAUUUCCAGUACCUUCAGAAAAUACAUCCCAAUUUCAAGGAUGGUCUUGAUAAAAAGGGGCAACCAGCCAUAAUGAGAGCCAUUUCUGCAUUUCAACACCACUAUGAUAUGCCCCAGGUGAUAAAACUUAUAGUGCAGGGAGGUGCAGAUGUCAAUUUACGUGACCGAGAUGGAAAGACAGCUUUGUGCCUGGCAAUAGAGAAAGGUGCUUUCUGGGCAUUGAAGGAACUAAUAGAGGGUGGAGUCACUUUAUCAUCUUGCACAAAGGAUGAGCUUACAGAUAUUCUCCACAUGGCUGUGUGGUACCAUCAAGAUGAGGCUGCACUGCAUCCAAAUAUCAGUGUGUAUAAAAGUGUGUAUGGUAUGUACAUAAUUUUGAAACAAGGAAGUACAGACGUUAGGGAACUAAGACUUUCAAAAUACAGUCAACAUAAAUAUAUUGAUGAUGAAGUUAAAAGCUGUACUAUGCCAACUAAUGAUGGGUGA